GGGAGCGGGGUCCAGCCGCCGCUUCCGCCCGGGCUCCGGCGCCUCACUUCCCUGGCGCGGGCCCCGAGGAGGCGCGCCUCGGCCCCGCGGACGUCCGCACACGUGCCCUGCGGCUGCGCACCGCGGGCCCUCGGAUGCCCCGCUGCCCGGGGUCUCGGCCCCCACGGCCCUGCCCGGAGUGUGCCCUGCUUCGUCGGCCCGGUCCCCGCUGUCGCGGCAGCAGCCCGGUCUGAAGGCGCCCCGAGCCCCGGGGGGGGCGCUGUGUCCGCGAGCGGCCGGCGCCGGUCCCCGAUGCUCUUAGGCGGACGCCCGGGCGUCCUCUGCGACCUCCGGACGCGCUCGGAGACCCCUGCCCCGGCUGUCGCCUUACGGCCCCGGUGCGACCGGACAAGAAUUGCUUCUCCCUGAAAGUGACUUGAGUCACGUGGGCUGAGAAAGUACAAGCGUGGAAACCCAGGGCCAGGUCCAGGAGGGCAGCUGUUGUCCCAGGUAGGACCUGGGUCAGGAAGACACUUUCUUACCUUUGUUCCUGAACAUACGGUUUCACAUGAGAGCAGACCGUGGAGCCGAGCUGCCUGGUGCAAAUCCUAACCCUGCCGUUGGGAAACGUCUCUUGUCUGUGCCUUAUGUGGGGGGAUCACGGGACCCUUCACGGAGGGUUGUUGUGAGGGUCAGUGUUUGUGAACGCUAAGGCACAGUGCUGCCGGGCUCCUGCUCCCGGUCAGCACUAGAACCACGGUUUAUGCAGCAGAGAUGCUCCUGCGGGAGGAAGGCGAGACUGGUGUCCUUCCCUGGCCUUGGAGCUGCAAGGACGUGGACGCUGAUGCGUCCAGCCUCGGCGCCCCCGCCUUGCUGGGCUGACCCCUCUCGGCGACCACGUUCUCGCCGCCCGCCCGCGUCCUGCCCGCCGCCCCGUGCCCUCGUGCCCGACGCUCAGCGUGGCCCAUGUUGUCCGUCGCUGAGAGAGCCUCGUUCUCGGCGGUGGCAUCAGCAUGGCGUCUUCAGCCAGAACCCAAGCGCUGGAAGAGGCCGUUCCCGGGCCCGAGGAGAAGCCGGAGGGAAGGUCGCUUCUCGCCUGGGGCCCGCUUCUCGCUCAGCCGGACGACAAGGUGCUCGCCGUCACCGUCACCGAGACCACCGUCAUCGAGGCGGGCCUGGGCGCGUGGAGCGCGCGCGCGCUGCUCUACCUGGCGCUCUGGUUCUUCUUCAGCUUCUGCACGCUCUUCCUCAACAAGUACAUCCUGUCGCUGCUGCAGGGCGAGCCCGGCAUGCUCGGCGCCGUGCAAAUGCUGUGCACUACGCUCAUUGGAUGCGUCAAAGUGUUCGUCCCCUGCUGUCUGUACCAGCACAAAGCCCGGCUUUCGUAUCCGCCCAAUUUCAUCAUGACUAUGCUGUUUGUGGGUCUGAUGAGGUUUGCAACAGUGGUUUUGGGUUUGGUCAGUCUAAAAAACGUGGCGGUUUCGUUUGCUGAGACGGUGAAGAGCUCUGCUCCCAUUUUCACUGUGAUCAUGUCUCGGAUGAUUCUGGGGGAGUACACAGGAAUGCUGGUCAACCUCUCGCUUAUCCCAGUCAUGGGAGGGCUGGCGCUGUGCACGGCCACCGAGAUCAGCUUCAACGUCCUGGGGUUCUCAGCUGCGCUGUCCACCAACAUCAUGGACUGUUUGCAAAAUGUUUUUUCAAAAAAGCUCCUCAGCGGGGACAAAUACAGGUUCUCGGCUCCGGAGCUGCAGUUCUACACCAGCGCCGCUGCCAUGGCUAUGCUGGUCCCAGCCUGGAUCUUCUUCAUGGAUAUGCCGGUGAUUGGGAGGAGCGGGAGGAACUUCAGCUACAGCCAGGAUGUCCUACUGCUGCUCCUGACCGACGGGGUCCUGUUCCACCUGCAGAGCGUCACCGCCUAUGCCCUCAUGGGGAAGAUCUCCCCUGUGACGUUCAGUGUCGCCAGCACCGUGAAGCAUGCCCUGUCCAUCUGGCUCAGCAUCAUAGUCUUUGGCAACAAAAUCACCAGCCUGUCAGCUGUCGGCACCAUCCUGGUGACAGUGGGCGUCUUGCUGUACAACAAGGCCAAGCAGCACCAGCGGGAGGCCAUGCAGAGCCUGGCUGCAGCCACCAGCCAUACCCCAGAGGGCGACGUGGAGCCACCCAGCCUGAAGGACCCCAAAGAGCACCACUGAGCCUGGGAGGCUCCAGGUGCCUGAGCCCCCAGGUCACUGGCCAUUGCUGUCCUCCUUGCUGAUGUGGGUCCCUGGAAACCAGGUGCCAGGGAGAUGCUACUCAGUGGGUCACAGCUGGGGUGCACGUCACAGCUGGGGGGAGAGGAUGUGCAGUAGGGAGUUUCCUUCUCCCUUCUAGGUUUUUCUGUCAAAACUGGGGGAAAUUCAAGUUGGGGAUUCCAGGUGUCAGCCUCCUGGGGUGGACACCUGAGCCCAGCUACAGCUGAGCCCCAUUGCCACGUAAUGUGAAAACUGCCUCCCGCUGCUCUGUGCGGAGCAUGCAGGAGGCAGUCAGGACCUGCCUCUGCAGCCCCCUCACUGGGCAUGGGUGUCCCUGCUGCAGCUGGGUGAGGCCCCAGUUCCUUGGUGGGUGAUGACCACCAGGGGCACCUGCAGAGCCAGAGCUGGGCCCAGUGCCAAUGUGAGCUGCUCCCUACUCAGUGCCAGCAGAGAGAACUCAGCUUCCCCACACCAGCCAUCAAAGGCCACACAGCCACUGGUUCCUGGGCCACCUGUGCAGAACAGCUGCGGGGUCUGCCUGCGAUGCUGCUGUGCUGGAAUAGAAGUCCGAGCCACCCCCGGCCCCCAGUACAGAGGCUGGGGCAACCUGAGAGACCACAGGAUGGUGCAGACAGGGGAGGGCCAGAGGGGCACAGGAACAAGGGUCUCCUGCUGUGCAUGGGUGCUGGGCACUUCCCAACCUGGUCCAGAGCUGAGGGUAUCCUCACAGGCCAUCAGAGCCCCUCACCCCCUUCAAAGCCUGUGCUGUACUGAGUCCCCCCCCCACCCCAAGGGGCCCUGUCCCUCACCUAUGUGAUCAUUCCCAGCCUAGGAGGUUGAGGACAAAGCUCUUCGAUGUUUAACUCGGGGCAGGAGCCACCGACACUCCUUUCCUGGACUCGGCAGUGGGAGGUAGGCUGCUCUGGACUCCUGCGGACCGGGCCUGGCGUCCUGGGAGCACACCGUCCUCAGUCCCCCAGCUACCUGCAGAAACUCCCCAGUGAGCAGGUGCCAGGGAGCACCUGCAGGGCAUCUGCAGUGUUUGCAGUUUGGCUGCUGGGAAAGGGAGGCUGUGCUUUUUAACAACGGAAACACUUGUAUAGAAGGGUUCCUUCUGGAGAGCACCGUGAACAUCAGGGAAGCCACGCUCUGCACUGACAGCCCGGCUCUGAGGGACUGUGACACACAGGCUGGGGCCACUGGAUGAGCUGAGCCUGUCCCUCCUCGUCAGCGUCACUUGCCUGCAGGGCUAAGGAGGCAGGGUUGGCACUGUGCAAGGCCAAGGCUGCUGACCCCUUGCUUUGUUCCUCUUCCUGCAGCCUCAGGGGGUUCUGAUUUGGGCACAGUCUGUUGCCAGCUGGUCUUUGGGACCUUCUCACCGCCUGAGCCCAGGGCUCGUGAGGUGCAGCCGCCAGGCACUGGUCGUUCCCUACAUCCCAUCUCUCCUCCUGGCUGUUCAGGUGUUUGGUGCCCACAAUCGGUUCACUGGUUUUCCAGUUGGCUUCCCACUUAGAAAAUAUGAAAAUAUCCCCUCCUGCAUAUAAAAUCUCUCUGAAACAAAGAGCAAUAAUUACAUCUCAUUAAGUUCUACCUACUUGAAAAGGUUUGCCAUGAUGAUGGGUCAAAAUGAGGCCUUUGAACCUACAAGCCACCUUUUUAAAGAGGCUGACCUCCUUCGUCUGAAGGCGGGCCAGGUAUGCCCACCUGCACCCCAAGCUCACCUUCACUGUGACUUCCCCCUGGUUCUGUUUCCAUUCCUUUUUCUGCUUUCCCCAAAAACAAAACUAAAGAAAAUUCUCUGAUGGUGGCUGGGGUGGUGGCAUGUUGCACUGAUCUGUGAGUGAACGCAUCCCCCUACCCGGCAGUGGCGCUGUCCACCUCCACCCUCGGGAAUAUGGCUGCUCAGCCAGCUGCUGACCAAGGGACGUGCACAGGGAGGGGACACAACUGUGGUGGCCAGUUGCAGGAUUCUCACGUUGUCCUUCACGAAGACGGUUGUCUGGGUAUAACCAGAGGCCCAGGCGCCUGGUUUCCAAGUAUUGUUUGGAAUUUCUGGUUCCACAUCCCAUGUGGAAUCACAAAGCCACCCAUCUGAUGUGCCCCUUCCCUCCCUCCUCACAAGCAGCUCUCAGCUUGUUUUGAUUUUCUAAAUUUGUGGGCCAAAAACAAAUCAAAGGUAUUCCUAAACUGUUAGCAAAUGAGGCAGUUUCCUGUAAAGCUGCUUUUGAGACUUUUCCUCAUUCCUGCAGGAAAGACCAUAGAACCUGUGCAGCGGCCAGCCCCGGGCCCUGCCAGGCGAGCAUUCCUUCCCCAGUCCCCUCCCCAGCCGCCAAUUCUCAUGGCAUUUCCAGGACAGCCUUGUGCCAAGAGUCAAAACCCAAGGCCUGGUGUGGCCACUUGCUUAAUGACUGUACAGACACAAUAUGUUUUUAUUAACUUUGUCUAGUACUUUUGUAGAGUAGUAUGCUCUCACUGAACUGUCACAGAUGUGCUCAUAGAAACAUUGACACUGGGUGUCCUUACUCACAUUGGGCUAAUUCCUCUUGUGUCCGUGGUCGUUGUCUGUGCCUUUGUAAACAAACAGAACACUUGAGCCAGACCUGAGUUGGGUCAUCUGCUUACAGGUCCUUAGAGAUGUACACAUCUCUAACGUUCAAGGAAAUUUCCACUACUGAAUGAUAUAAAAAGCUUUUUUUAAAUAAAAAAUUCUGAUAGUCAUAAUUUCCUGUGUAUCAACAUUAAGAUAAUCUGACUGCUUGAAAAGUUGAGAAUACUUUUGCACCAUCCAAAAUGUGUUUUGUUUGUUUGUUUAAAAAAGAUGACCGGUAAGGGGAUCUUAACCCUUGACUUGGUGUUGUCAGCACCACGCUCUCCCAAGUGAGCCAACCGGCCAACCCUAUAUAGGGAUCCGAACCCGUGGCCUUGGUGCUAUCAGCACCACACUCUCCCAAGUGAGCCAUUGGCCAGCCUUCAAAAUGUGUUUUUAAUUUGAGAAAAAUAAACAUGGUGAAUCCAAAACAGUAAGAAAACAUGCUGUGCAAAGAGUAUCAGCCAAACAGCUCUGCUCUGUGGUGUGCCUUUAAAAUACUUGUCACAAAUCCAGUGGGCUUUGCUUCCUGCUGUGAUACUCCUCAAGAUAGUCACUUAGACGAGUCAGUGGGGAUAAGAGACCAAUAGCGGGGCUUUGUAUAUCCAUCCAAGUGAAGUGCUUUCUAAGGCCCAAAAGUAUUUUCACUGUUUCCCUAGGUUGGAAAAAGUAAACAAGGAUGUUACUACAGAUAGAAUCCACUCUUCCUCUUUUGCCUUUGACCAAGAUUGUACUAAGGGCUUUAUUCUUUCCCAAAAUAUGUUCAUGCCCUGGUUGAGGCCUCCUUGUUUUCUUAGUUUAUAAAUAAGGAUGUCCUAACUCCCCUGAUGAGUCUAGCUGUUUCCUCUGUCCUGGCUAAGGACCCAAGGGUGCAUCCUGGAGGGUGUGCUGACACUGCGGCUCAGAGCUCAGAAGUCUUCAACUUUGCUGGCCCUGAAGUAUUUCUUCCAGCUUUCCUGGGGGCUCUGAUUCUGAGUUUGAUGGCUGCUGGAACCUUGCUCAGACUGCCAACUCAUUUGGAAAGCCUUUUUGGUCUGUUUCUUGUUUCCACUUGUGAAAAGUAGCAUUCAGCUGAUUUCCUAUUUCUAGACUGUUUGUUGAUGGGUAUACACCUGCUCAAGGCAUGUUGUGGGCUCCACUUCAAAGAGGGCCACAGUCAGGGUGACUUUCCCACACUGAAAAACUUGAAAAGUAUAUCAAUAAUAAUCUACAUCAGAGCCAAAUUAUAUUUGCUUUAUACCAAACAAUACUGUGGAGAACUAAAAGUACAUCAUUGAAAAUGUUUAUAGUGUUUGGUAUGUCUCCCAUUUCAGUAUGUAACUAGAUUAGUACUUUCUAGAAAGUGGUUCUGUUAAAUAAUUUAGUGAGUCAUUGUUAAUCCUGCUGUGGUAAUACAUUGAUGCUGUGUAGUUAUUAAUCUUUUGGAUAUCUCCUGAUUAUUUUUGUCUAAAUUAAGCAGCCAUGGUAGCAAUUGCCUCUGACUUGUUCUGCAAAAGUAGAAUAAAUGUUAAAUCUGUA